UCACUUAAAAAGUUGGUCCAACUCAUCAUCUUUCUUUUGCCACUGGUUUGGAGUCACAUGUAACAAUGAGAGAGUGAGAAUAUUGAGUCUUCCUGAGAUGGGUCUUGAGGGCACCUUACCAUCACAAAUUGGAAAUUUGUCCUUCCUAGAGAAACUUGAACUACAAAGCAACAACUUUCAUGGUCGGCUGCCAAAAGAGUUGCUUCAACUGCGCAAACUAGAAAUUCUAAACUUGAGUUAUAAUGCAUUUAGUGGAGCUAUUCCAACUUGGAUUGGGAGCUUGUUUAUGCUUCAACGCUUGAGUCUUGGCAAUAAUAGUUUUGGAGGUCUCAUUCCUCCAAGUAUAUGCAAUUUGUCUAACUUGGAGACCUUGGAUUUAAAGUCUAAUUCUAUCAAUGGAUCUAUUCCGGUGGAUAUUGGAAGACUUCAACAUCUAAAAUUUUUAAGCAUUUCUAGAAACAUGCUUUCAGGAAGGAUACCUCCAACUAUCUCUAACUUAUCAUCACUUGAACACAUCUCAUUGUCUCUCAACUUCUUAGAAGGACAUAUUCCCAAAGAAAUGAAUGAGCUUACAAAUCUGAAAAAUAUGUACAUGGGUAUGAAUAAGUUGUCAGGCCAAGUACCAAGAAUUGGAAAAUUGAUCAUACUUGAAAAUUUAUAUCUUGCAAGCAAUAACUUCCAAGGAGAUAUUCCCAAUGAAAUAAGUAAUCUUACAAAUUUGAAUAGCAUUUACUUAAGUGCUAAUCAAUUGUCUGGUCACAUACCAAGAGGCAUUGGCAAGUUCACUAGGCUUCAAGAGUUAUUUCUAGACAACAACAACUUAGAAGGAAAUAUUCCCAAUGAAAUUAUAAGUCUUGCAAAUCUAAAGAUAAUGAGCCUAAGUGUUAAUCAACUAUCUGGCCCUAUUCCAGAUGGUAUUGGAAACUUGACUAUGCUUCAACAAUUGUAUCUUGAUAGCAAUAAUUUAGAAGGAUCAAUACCCAUGGAAAUAGGCAAUCUUCAACAACUUGAGAUAUUACAAUUGUCUCAAAACAAAUUGAGAGGGUUUAUUCCAUCAAAAAUUUUCAACAUGUCAACUUUAGAGGUCUUGUCUCUCUCAAACAAUUCUCUAUCAGGAAGUCUUCCACCAAAUUUUGGAUUUUCCCUUUCAAAUCUACAAAUGCUUUAUUUAUGGGGCAACAAACUUUCUGGAAAAAUUGCAAAUACUAUAUCCAAUGCUUCUAAGCUAACUAGUUUAGAAUUGGAAGACAAUAAUUUUGAAGGGUUUUUACCAAACACUCUUGGACAUUUAAGAUGCUUAGAAACCCUUUCAGUAAGUAAUAAUAAUUUCACCAUUAUAGAUACUUCUGAUUCUGAAAAUGGCUUUUUCAACUCAUUAUCAAAUUGUAGACAUUUGAAAAGUUUGAUUCUCUCAAUGAAUCCACUACAUAUGAAACUUCCCAAGUCUAUUGGAAACUUAUCUGAUUCUCUACAAGUGCUACUUAUAGACUCAUGCAAGAUACAUGGUAACAUACCAUUAGAAAUUGGGAAUUUGUCUAACUUGUUCCAGCUAUCAUUGGCUGAAAACUUUUUAAAUGGAUCAAUACCAAAAGCAAUUAGCAACAUACAAGCUCUUCAGGAUUUGAAUCUUGAGGGCAAUGAGCUAGGUGGUUUGAUUGUUGAUGAACUUUGUGAAAUUAAAAGGCUUGCCUAUCUACAUUUAUCUCGAAACAAGUUUUCUGGAGCAAUGCCACCUUGCUUAGGAAAUUUGAUGUCCUUGCAAAAGCUUUACUUGGACUCCAAUAAGUUGAUUUUUGACAUACCUUCUUCCUUUUGGAAUCUAACUGGUAUAUUGGAAGUAAACCUAUCCUCUAAUAUUUUAGUUGGAAACCUAUCAUUCAAGAUUGGUAACUUAAAAGCACUUAUAUCAUUAGAUUUGUCAAGAAAUCAUAUAUCAGGAAUCAUUCCAUCAGCCAUAGGUGGCUUGCAAAAUUUACAAAUUCUCUUAUUGGAACAUAACAAAUUGCAUGGGAAGAUUCCUGAAUCACUUGGGAAUUUGCUAAGCUUAGUAAAGUUAGACCUUUCCCAAAAUCAAUUGUCUGGUGAGAUUCCUAAAUCUCUAGAGUCACUUGUAUCCCUCAAGUAUAUCAAUCUUUCUUUUAAUGAACUACAAGGUGAGAUUCCAAGUGGCGGAGUCUUUAAAAAUUUAACUGUCGAAUCUUUGAUGAUGAAUAAAGCACUUUGUGGUGAGCCAAUAAUGCAAGUGCCUCCAUGCAAAAAAGGAAUAAGAAAAAGGUCAACAUCAAAAUUGAUUUUGUUGAAAUAUGUAUUGCCUAUUGUUUUGCCAAUGGCUUUGAUUUUUACAGGCAUUGCCCUCUUUCAACAAAAAUGAAUAAAUUCUCGGUAUGCCAUUAAAUUUUUUUUAUCUACUUUAGAAAUGCCAAGAAAGAUUUCUUAUUUAGAAAUUUUUGAUGCAACUCAUAGUUUUAAUGAGAGCAACUUACUUGGAAGGGGGAGUUUUGGUUUUGUGUUCAAAGAAAAACUUUCAAGUGGAAAAAUGGUUGCCGUUAAAAUAUUCAAUUUUGACUUAGAGGCAUUGUCAAGGAGCUUUAAGCUAUAAUACAACACAAUGCGUAAUUUAAGGCAUUGUAAUCUGGUGAAGAUCAUUAGUAGUUGUUCCAAUGCUAAACUGAAGUGUUUGAUAAUGGAGUUCAUUCCCAAUAGAAGCCUUGAAAAAUGUUGCAUGUGCUUUAAAAUAUCUCCAUCAUGGCUUGUCAAUGCAAGCAGUCCACUAUGAUUUGAAGCCAAGUAACAUUUUGUUGGAUGAUAAUAUGGUUGCCCAUGUGAGUGACUUUGGAAUUGCCAAAUUUUGUCGGAUAACAUUUUGUUAGAUAAAGGGAAAUCUAGGAUGCACGCUGAGACAAUAUCUACAAUUGGUUAUAUUGCACCAGGUGCAUAGCAUAAAAUGGCUUCCAGCAAACCACAAAAAGCAAUAACAACUACGAGAUGGCGUGAUUUUAGAAGAGAAUUUUUGGAGAUUAAUAAAGGCAAAUAUAAAAAGGUAGGCAAUUUAAAUAAGGUUGUAGCUGAAAUAUGGAAAGAAAUGAGCAUAAAGGAGAGGGAGCUGUAUAGAAUGAAGGCGACUAAAAAUAAAGAGGUGAGAAUGCACAAAAAAUAUGAAAUUCCUUCCACACUCGAUGUUCUCCUGUAAAAUUUAAAGAAAUUACUGAGUUUAUAAAAGAGAAGCGCCAUUUGAAAGAGAAAGUGAAGGCAAUUAGCUUUUCUAAAUUAUUGGAUAUUGAAGGUUUGAAAAUCCUAAGAGAAUUAUGCCAUGAGAUCAUGCGAUCUUAUGAUCCCCUGACUCAAAAAUGACAAUAAGGGGAAAACAGUAUUAGUAAGAGCAGGGCAGCUACAGGCUAUUAUAGGGCUACCUAAUGCUACAAGGGUAGUAGAUUUAAAUGUUAACAAGGAGUUGGUAGCAGAAUUGAAGAGUGAUUAUACAUUAAUGUCAUUAAAUGACUUGAAGAACAAGAUCAGUUCAGAGGAUGAGAAUGACAAGUUCGAGUUUUAUUUUUUGUUGUUAACACUUGGCACUCUUUUGUGUCCUGGUAGAAGUCUCCAAGUUAUUGAUAAGGCAUUGAAGGUGUUGGCAUAUGUGAAUGAUGUGUGGUCUAAUUUUAAUUGGGCUACUUUUAUAUUGGAGGAGUUGAAUCAGGAGAUUUAGCUCUACAAGGAGCAUGUCAAGAAGGGGAAGUCAAAGGGAACCAAAUAUAUUGGAGGAUGCCUUUACCUAUUAGUAAGCUAUAUUAUUUUUGCUAUUUUCAUGAACCUUAGUUGUUAUAGCUAUCCUUACAUUGAAUUAAUAUUUUAAAUUUUCUAUCUUUAAAAUUUUCCUCUCAAUAAAGCUGCACCCCCAGCUAGUAAUGCAAUGGGGCAUUGGACUAAAGAAAGGGUGAAUGAAAUGCUAGAGGUUGAGUGCUAGAACUGUCAUGGCUUGUUUUACAUUAAAGCACUACCUCACCAUGAUGCCAACCUUAGUGUCUUGACCCAGCUGCCUCUAAUUACUGCCUUUCAUGACAAGGUGUGUAUACUUUUAACCCAAUAGUAUUUUUUAAUCCUUUAGUUAUGAAUAAUUGAACCCUAAGUUCAGAAUAAGUGAACCCAUUGAUGUGCAGAACAUGAAGGAUGUGUGUGUAAGAGUGAAGGCUUACAUGGAGAAGGUCUGUUUUGCCAAUGUUAAUUAGCGAACAUUUUAUUGUCAAAUAUGAAUAUAUUAUUAUGAAUAAGUGCACAUUUUAUAUUUUAUAGGAAAUGAAUGAAGUAUAGGAGAGAGUCAUGUCUUACAUAGCUAAUGAGUUGCUAGAGUUACAAUCAAAGAGGGCUGUCAUAAAAGAAGAAGAGGAUGAGGAUGAGGAUGAGAUAGGUGAGAAGGAUGACAAACAUGCAGAAGAUAAGGUUGAUGAGCUGGAUGAGGAAGGAAAACAUGAUAAGGAUGAGGAUGAUGUAGACACAGAGACAGAAGAACAAGCAGAGGUGGAGGAUGUUAAAAACAUAAAAAUUGAAAGACAAGAAGACGAGAAGGAUAAAGAGAAAGAUGCAACUCAAGAGGGAGAAGAAGAAGAGAAAUUAGACACAGAUGCAUUUCAAGACAAAGUGGCUACCUAUAAGAAAGGAAAACUUCCAGUCAGGAGAUCUAAGAGGAAGAAGAAGCCUAUUUGUUAAAUCUUCAUGGAUGCUACUUGUUACCCAUAAGAAGAGAAAAGUUAGUGACAAGCAAUGGCUAUAUGGAUUGUGCCUAGAUUGGUGUACAAUAAAGGAUAGCGGUUAGUAAGUGGAAAAUUACUGUCAUAAGAAAUAAAAAGAAAAGUUCUUUAUUGUAAAGCAUCGUAAUUAUUUUUUUUGGUUGGAUGUUACAGGAUAUUUAUCCAAGUGUAUGACUACUAUCUUACACGAAGUGAGCUGCAUUCUCUUGGACUAGCAUAAUGGAUAAGCAAUCAGAGGGAGCAUUUCAGAUUAAUUUUGCUAAAGGUGAAGCCAGAACUAUCUGAUGUGGAGUACAGCAAUGACAUACUCUAUUUAUGGGUCUUCAAGCAAGAGAACAACGAUGACUGUGGAAUUAAUCUCAUUAUAUGACUUAAAUUCUGCAACAAUAAUGUCAAUGUUGGCCAUCCUCCAUUUACCAUGCUUAGAUACACAACACAAGAACUAUCGGCCAUGAGAUGUGACAUAGUAUGCUAGUUAGUGGAGCAUCCUAAUAAUGUCAUCUAUGAACAUCCACUUGCACUUAUAGGAACAAGUAAAUGAGAAGAAAAAUUAUAGGAUUGUAGAAUUAGGUUAUCAUACUUAGAUUAUGUAUAUAUUUAAAGAUGUUUUUUUUGUAAUUUGGAAAUAGUUUUUGUUUGUAAUUAAAAUUAUGUAUAUAUUUGUACGAAAAGGAAAUGAAAUCUACAAGUCUCAACCUU